AUGGAGAACGAGCAGGACUAUAUCAGCAGACGAGGCGCAAUGCAGACUGGCAGCCGCCACACCGCUUCCACAGCACCACCGCCAGCAGCCAUGUCAUCGGAAGAGGAAGUCGCAGCCGAUGUGGACGAACCCCCAGAUCUAGGACGUACCCCACGACCCUCGAUUAUGAACCUCCACGAGUCUUCCGUAUCGUCAUUCACAAAAUCAGUACCUCGAUGCGACGUCAAGCAAUCACUCCUAACGACUGCCCUGCAGUCCCAGGCAAAUUCCAAUUCAAGCUCGCCUGUGGAGGAGCAUUACAAGAGCCCUAUCCGUGGCAUGUCCGUUUGGAGUAACAACAGUGUUUCGACGGCUGAGUUGACAAGCGAUGGAGGUUUCACAAGCCCGGGUACACGUACAAGCACGCCGAGCCCACCCCUCCCUGCGUCCAGGCUCCACAGCAUAUUGCCAACGUUCAACAAGAAACCGUUUGAGCUACCCUUGCCAGCCAUUCGCCACGAUGAUGAAAGCCACGGCCCUCUCGAGAAGGUACCGACACAGACGACUGGCGAGCAAGGCGUUGAAGCAACUCUAGGACGGAAGAGGCGAAUCAUGUUCGCGUGUGGCGGCAAACAAGAAAAGAUGCCCACACAAGAGCCUGCAAAGCCUGCACCAUCCCCACUGGUAGAGGAACCCCCAAAACGGUCUUGUACGAUCAAGUUCACCUGUCCUACCAAAAUCUCCACAGACGCGCUUUCCAAGACCCCCAAACCCCGCCUGCGUGUGGCAAGCCCCGCACCGUCAGCACGGCGGAUACCCAAAUCUCCUAAACCUCCACCAAAACCGCAUCGCGGCUCCGACUCAACCGUCCGCAACAAUUCUCCUGUCAGUGUCCGCAAGGCGCCCAUAGUUGACCGAAUUCGCCGUUUGAGUGCAAACUCUGACCUCGCUCGAUGCGAAGCAUACCGCUUCCACGAGUUCGCUAGCUCAGAAGAGGAAGUCGACGAAUGGACACUGGAAUCUACGGUGCAUCGAAACCGGCUCACUGUGGGAGACACUCUUAAGGUCGAAAACAAUCUCCGCCAGUUAGCAGAAGAGGCCGAAGAGGAGGCAUUGGAGGAUGAGGAAGAAGAUGAUGACGAUGAAGUCGCAGAUGACGACGACGAUGACGAUGACUUGCUGGAUGAGGACCAAGACGGGAGCGACGCAUACAGCGACGUAACCGACGAGGGUUUCCAGACCGAUGACGAGGAAGGCUUUGCAGUCUCGGAUGAUGAGAGUGACGCUGGAUCUGAUUACAACUGGUGGGCACCCGGACCUUCUACUGCCGCCACGUCCAUGGACCUCCUUGAUCACCUUCGACCCAAGGUAAAUCGCACCUUGUCUGAAUCAUCGAGUGGAUCUUUGGAAAGCGGCAAGCAGUUUAAGAUGCCUGAGAAGUCAUUUUCAAGACGCAAGAAGUCCAAACCAGUCAACAUACGUGCUCCAAGCCCUGAACUGCCCGACAGCACAGAUUUCGUUUGUGGAACACUCGACGAGGACAGGCCUGCAGAAGCAGCGUACAUGACAACUCUGGAACGCCGACGCGCAGCUAAGCACAAACCCACGCCCCAAGACAUUGACCCCUCAUUCCCUACAUCAGAUCCCGAUCUCCCAGAUGAUGAAGAGGAUGAAGUAAGUGAGGUGGAACAUGUCAACUCAGAAAGCGACAACUACUUUAUGAUGCACGGUCGUAUGGAUCCUCUUGAUGGAGAGUUACGGGGUCGUCGCAUAGACGUGCCCAAGAAGCGUUCUCCCGCACAUUCACCACGACGCCUUCGAUCGCCACCACCCACAAAACGCACCAUGCACCGUUCUCCGCCACCCCCAACUAAGCGCGUCGUCCAUCGAUCUCCGCCCCCACGCAAGCUGUUUGGUGCUUCUCCGAAACGUGCUCGUUCGCCUGCACCAGCCCGUCUGCAGUCACCCCCACUCAUCCGACGUGGUUCGAUCAACCUUGUCGCCACACGACAACGUAGCGAGAUGUCAAUCCGCUUCAGUGAUAUCGGCGAGCGACCCGCUCUCAUCACUUCAGCCUCGGUACCUCGAACCCCUAUGAGCACGCACCCUCCUCCUCUUGAAAACUAUGACGAAGAAGAGACGGGCCCUACUGAGCUCCCCCGGCGCGCUAUAGCCAUUCAAGUGGGUCUCGAAAAGAAGAGACAGCGUCGCAAGGAGCAGUUGUACAGGAAGCAACACCGUAAGGGCGUCAAGGAGAAGCGAGCUCCACCGCCUGGGCGGGGCGCGGAGCGCAUGCGCGACAUUGGACUCGAGCUCGCGGCGCACAAGGGCAAGACUGCUGCUUUUGCUGCGCUACCCUCGUCGCAGAAGUUCCAAGACCCUUGUCUCACGUACGUCAUCCCCCUCGUCGUGCCUUCGCGUCGCCCAACGCUCGCGUUGCUGCUGCCGUCGCGUCUCCCCAGCAUAAUAUCCUUGUCGCCGCCGCUCAUCAGCGCACUUGGAUGCUCGAGUGCGCUUCCCAGCCCGUACGAGGACAAUGAGCGCGCAGUCAAGGUGCGGAAGAAGUGGGGGAAGGUCACGGAGCAAAAUCUGUCGAGCUUCGACUUGACGGAGGGCAUAGUGCGCGCUAUGGUUUCCAAUCGCGAGCUCUACGUUGUCGAAACCCUUUUCGUCGAUAGUCAACUGUCAGAAUGCCCUCGAUACCCUCAGCUUGCUUUACUGCGCUGUCCUCGCCGAAUCGAAAACCCCAACAUUCAAUUCGUCUUCUCCGUUGAGGACCGCCACGCGCAGCCCACAAAACCAGUGCGGUCGCUUGCUCGCCGCGCUCAGGACCACAAUUUGUGGCUGAUCCCCGACUUUGGCUUUUGGAGCUGGGACAUGCCGUUCAUCAGCACAAUGGACGAAGUCGCUCACGAGGCUGUCCAGCGCAGACGUAUCGAGCCGUAG